UAUUUGACUUCUCUCAAACUGUUUUUUAGUCCAGUCACCCUGAAAGUCACUGUCUCUGCCUCGGAUUAAUAAAGAAGAAAAAUGUCCAGCAGCCACAGACUCCUGGUGGAAAAUGCCCGGCAGCUGGUUCUGAUCUGCAGCGGUGGAGAGAAAUACCUGACGGAACCUGGGAUGAAGAAUCUGUGCGUGAUAGAAAACGGCAGCGUGGUCGUUGGGAGUGACGGACUGAUCGAAGCUGUGGGACCAGCAGAAACCAUCAGAGCCCAGUACUCAGAGGCAACGUUUGAUAAAGUCAUCGAUGCUUCAGGAAUGUGUGUCAUGCCUGGUCUGGUGGACGCUCACACUCAUCCAGUCUGGGCUGGCGACAGAGUCCAUGAGUUUGCGAUGAAGCUGGCAGGGGCCACCUACAUGGACGUGCACCGGGCCGGCGGAGGGAUCCACUUCACGGUGGAGCACACCCGGGCCGCCGCGCCCUCUGACCUCCUGGCCUCCCUCAGCGGCCGGCUGGCUCGGAUGCAGCGAGCCGGCACCACCCUGGUGGAGUGUAAGAGCGGCUACGGCCUGGAGCUGCAGACCGAGCUCAAGAUGCUGGAGGUGAUCGACGAGGCCAGACGCACGCUGCCCAUCAACAUCUCCUCGACCUACUGUGGAGCUCACGCCGUGCCCAAAGGGAAGACGGUCGCCGAGGCCACGGAGGACAUCCUGCAGGUCCAGCUGCCUCAGCUGAGGGAGCGCAUGUCUGCUGGGAACCUCCGAGUGGACAACAUCGAUGUGUUCUGUGAGCAGGGAGUGUUUGACCUCGACUCCACCCGCUCCAUCCUGCAGGCGGGGAAAGACCUGGGCCUCAACAUCAACUUCCACGGGGACGAGCUUCAUCCCAUGAACUCUGCUCAGCUGGGAGCAGAGCUCGGGGCCCUGGCCAUCAGUCACCUGGAGGAGGUCACGGACGAAGGGAUCAAGGCCAUGGCUGAAGCAAGAACAGCUGCAGUCCUUCUACCGACCACAGCUUACAUUCUGCGGCUGCCGCAGCCUCGGGCCAGAGACAUGUUGGACGCCGGAGUGAUCGUCGCCCUCGGCAGUGACUUCAACCCCAACGCCUACUGCUGCUCCAUGCCCAUAGUCAUGCACCUGGCCUGCGUCAACAUGAGGAUGUCCAUGCCUGAAGCUCUGGCUGCCGCCACCAUCAACGCAGCCUACGCCCUCGGACGCUCCCACACACACGGAUCCCUGGAGGUCAACAAGCACGGAGACCUGCUGGUCCUCAACACCUCACGCUGGGAGCAUCUGAUCUAUCAACUGGGAGGACACCAGGAGCUCGUCCGCUACGUCGUCAUCAAGGGAAACGUCGUCUACGAUAAUGAGACGAGCACGGACUUGUGAUCACACGAGUGGAAUGAGUGAAGGUGCUUCUAACUACACUGUGUCCAGGCUUCAGUGUUUGUUAGAAGUGUGUCAUUAAACACACACACAACACAAAUGCUCAGUUGUUAAACACCUGCAGAAACUCGGAUGUUAUUUAUAUUUAUUAGAAUAGAAAUUUAAACAGUCAGUAUUUGUUGAACUUAAUUAUAUGGGUGUAACAUUUUAAUGAGCUGCUACUCAAAAAGUAUUUGUUUGUUUAAAUCAGUUGCUCAGUUGUCGUCACAUCGACUGAGGCCAGUGAAUCAAUGACGUUAUCUCCAGUAACUCUUUCAGAUUAAAGUCGUGUUACACAUGAAACUGAAACCGGUUAUCUCAGAUUCUCUUUCUCUGUGAAAUACAUCUGCACAACAAGCAGAAGAAUCAUCAGUUGAAGUAUUGAUCCUCUCAUGAGACCUUUGUUCAACCUUCCAAUGACCUGAGGAUUCUCCUGUUCUUAUCUGUGACAUCACGACGAAACCAAGAGUCAAGAGUUCACGAGCGCUCUCCACUUUUAUUGAUCAUGUUAGUGAUAUGUUACACAGUUACUUUAUAUUAUUCCACAGGCAUCACUAAAAAACAACAGCAACAUUUUUCUCUUCAUGCUUCUUCAGUCGAGUUCUGAUUUCCACUUAGAUACUUUAACACAGAACAACUCGUGACGUGAUUUAAAAAAAAAAACUUCUAUUCACAACAAUAACUGAUGAAAAAAGGUGAUAAAAGUUUGUAGUGGCACACACACACACACACGUUAUCUGGCUUAUUUGGACUAUAAACAAAAGGUAUGAUGGAGCAGAUGUGAUAUAUUUCAUUAACCGUGUGACUCCUGUCAGGCUACGUACUUCUUCCCCCCUCGGUGGAUCUGUUGGUAGAGCGUCAUGGAGAAGGCCAUGCCGAGGAGCUGGAGAGGAAAACACACACACAUGAGAACCUGCUGCUGUUUCAUAUUGAUCUGUGGACUCCAGGCUACAUCCACAGUUUCAUUUCAAAACUCUAGAGCCGCCAAAAUUACAUGUUCAUCAGGUUUUUGACGUCAUAUGAAAAAACGAACGCAUAUUGAUAUGGAUGUAGCCUCAACUGAUACCAGCUUCUCACCUGUAUGACCAACACACACAUAGCGAUGGUUCCCAGAAGGUGUUUGUUGUCAUCCAGCCACUCCUCCACCUUCUCAUAGCAACCCUGAAAACACACCAAACAUAAUUAAGGGACAUUAAUUGUGAGAGUGAAGCCCCUGGUGUCAACAUCCGUCCUCACUGGGUUCAGGUUCAACGUUCCCGAGGCCCAUUUUGGGACACAUUUGAGAUUUAGCUGUGUUCAUUCUGCAGUACUGUCCCCGUCUGAGGCCCAAUGCUCAGUGUUUCCUACUGAAGAUGAAAUGUGAUCAUUGAGGAUGUGUUUUUUAGUUAAACGUAAUUUUCUUAAACAGCUUUAAUCAAACGAAAAUAAAUUAAAGCAAUAUGAUGUAUGUGGGAAUGGCAAAAUAAACUACAGUGUGCUUUAA